GGUAUAGAAAGAGGAAGUGUGAAUUUUUAUUCUCUAGAGGGGGAGAGAGAGAGAGAGAGAAGGGGGGGAGAGAGAGAGAGAGGAAAAUUGGGUAUCUUUCUUGUGCUACUAAUCAAUCAAUGCUUCGAUUGGAAAAUCUAUUGACAUACAGAAAAUUGAGAUGAUGAAUUGAAGAGGUGUUGCGAUACGAUGCGAUCUUCGAUGCCGUGAUUUUGAUUGGGAGGUGAGUUCUGGACCGUUGAUUUCUAACCCUUUUGAUUGAUUGUCAUAGAAGAGAGAUAGAAUAGACACAUAGAUAGAUAUAGAGAGAGAGAGAGAGGAGAGAGAGAGAGAGAGAGAGAGAAAUGAACGGUGCUGAUGAGGUCGUCGCAGCUCCGGCGGGCCCACCUUCGCCCCUCGAGUGGAGAUUCUCUCAGGUCUUUGGCGAGCGAACCGCCGGUGAAGAAGUCCAGGAAGUUGAUAUAAUUUCAGCAAUUGAAUUUGAUAAAACUGGGGACCAUCUUGCCACUGGUGACCGUGGUGGGCGGGUGGUUCUCUUUGAGAGGACAGAUACAAAAGAUCAUGGUGGAUCCAGAAGAGAUCUGGAGAGGAUGGAUUAUCCAAUCACCAGGCAUCCUGAGUUUCGGUAUAAAACAGAAUUUCAGAGCCACGAACCUGAGUUUGACUAUCUCAAGAGUUUGGAGAUAGAGGAGAAAAUCAACAAAAUUAGGUGGUGCCAACCAGCCAAUGGUGCCUUGUUUCUCCUUUCUACCAAUGACAAAACUAUCAAGUAUUGGAAGGUACAAGAAAAGAAGAUCAAGAAAAUUUCUGAGAUGAAUGUGGACCCUUCAAAAGCUGUUGGCAAUGGCACUGUUGGUACUUCAAGUAAUUCAAGCACUAAACAGUAUGUUGCAAAUGGAGGAUACCCAGACAGAUCAUACAAUUAUCUGAAUAAUGACUUCUCAUUUCCACCAGGAGAAAUCCCGUCACUGCAUUUACCUGUGGUAACUAGUCAUGAGACAAGCUUAAUGGCUCGCUGUCGGAGAGUAUAUGCUCAUGCUCAUGAUUAUCAUAUUAAUUCAAUCUCAAGUAACAGUGAUGGAGAAACUUUUAUUUCUGCUGAUGACCUGCGGAUAAAUCUUUGGAACUUGGAGAUCAGCAAUCAAAGUUUCAACAUUGUUGAUGUCAAACCUGCAAAUAUGGAGGAUUUAACUGAGGUGAUUACAUCAGCAGAGUUUCACCCUAUCCAUUGUAAUAUGUUAGCAUAUAGCAGCUCUAAAGGCUCAAUCCGCCUGAUUGAUCUGCGGCAAUCAGCAUUAUGUGAUUCUCAUGCCAAGCUGUUUGAGGAACAGGAGGCCCCUGGUACUAGAUCAUUUUUUACGGAGAUAAUUGCAUCAAUAUCAGAUAUUAAAUUUGGGAAGGAUGGGAGAUACAUACUUGGUCGAGAUUAUAUGACUCUUAAGUUAUGGGACAUCAACAUGGACUCUGGUCCAGUUGCGACCUUCCAGGUUCAUGAAUAUUUAAGACCAAAGCUUUGUGACUUAUAUGAAAAUGAUUCAAUCUUUGAUAAAUUUGAGUGUUGUCUAAGUGGUGAUGGACUUCGAGUUGCAACUGGUUCUUACAGCAAUCUAUUCCGCGUGUUUGGUGUUGCCCCAGGAAGUACUGAAUCCACAACCUUGGAAGCUAGCAAAAACCCAAUGAGGAGACAAGUUCAGACUCCUUCAAGGCCAUCCAGAUCCCUGAGCAGUAUAACACGUGUUGUCAGACGAGGAGCAGAAAGUCAGGGAGUUGAUGCAAAUGGAAAUUCUUUUGAUUUCACAACAAAGUUGCUGCAUCUAGCAUGGCAUCCAACAGAAAAUUCGAUUGCCUGUGCCGCUGCUAACAGCUUGUACAUGUAUUAUGCAUAAAGAUGGUCGGGGAAGAAAUGUACUUGCUUGGUUAACUUUUUGGGUUGAUAUUGGAGAAGGCAUCUUUUCCUUUCCCACCAACCACACCGGAGGCUACAUUCAUUUCUCACGCUUCAAGUGCCCCUCAUAAAAAACAAAAACUGUAGCACGUGCUGUAGUAUGAAGGUCAGAAAACGGCUGUCGCAUAUAAACCACGAGGAAGCAAAACCUGUCUUUCUUCCCGGGUGGGGCAGCUUGGUUCUCUAUUUUUCUUACCUUGGUUCCAAUCCUGGAAGAUCCUUUUUCCCCAUUUUCCUUUAUUCACAGUAUUUUCUUCUAAAGUAGAAGAUGCAGUUUAUGUUCUUAAAUUGUGUUGGGUUGAAGUCGGAAGAAAACGUGAUUGUAGCUCUCCUACAACAAAAAACUAAGGGAUGUUCAAAUAUUUGCCACUAGGUUGAAGCUAAAUUGUAGUUUCUUACUCAAAUCAUGGUGGGAAGGAGGUGUUGA